UUGAAAAUUGUAUAUAUGAUCCUUAUUGAACAUAAGUUUUUUCAAGCAGCAUGUACUGUACUCCUGACAUACUGUUUUGCUUUACAGAAUUCAAUUCGCCAUAACCUGUCCCUUCACAGUAAGUUUAUUCGAGUACAGAAUGAAGGGACCGGAAAAAGUUCUUGGUGGAUGCUCAACCCAGAGGGAGGCAAGAGUGGAAAAUCCCCUCGGAGAAGAGCUGCAUCCAUGGACAACAACAGUAAAUUUGCUAAGAGCCGGGGACGAGCUGCCAAGAAAAAAGCAUCCCUCCAGCCCGGGCAGGAGGGACCUGGGGACAGCCCUGGGUCUCAGUUUUCUAAAUGGCCUGCAAGUCCUGGGUCCCACAGCAAUGAUGACUUUGAUAACUGGAGUACAUUUCGUCCUCGAACCAGCUCAAAUGCUAGUACGAUCAGUGGGAGACUUUCUCCCAUCAUGACAGAGCAGGAUGACCUGGGAGAUGGGGAUGUGCAUUCUCUGGUAUAUCCACCUUCUGCUGCAAAGAUGGGUUCUACUUUGCCCAGUCUGUCUGAAAUCAGCAAUCCCGAAAACAUGGAAAACCUUUUGGAUAAUCUCAAUCUUCUCUCAUCCCCAACAUCUUUAACUGUAUCAACCCAGUCUUCACCUGGCAACAUGAUGCAGCAGACACCUUGUUACUCGUUUGCACCGCCAAACACCAGUCUGAAUUCACCCAGCCCAAACUACUCAAAGUACACCUAUGGCCAAUCCAGCAUGAGCCCCUUGCCCCAGAUGCCUAUGCAGACCCUUCAGGACAGCAAACCCAGUUAUGGAGGAUUGAACCAGUAUAACUGUGCACCAGGACUUUUAAAAGAGUUGCUGACUUCUGACUCUCCUCCCCACAAUGACAUUAUGUCACCAGUUGAUCCUGGAGUGGCCCAACCCAACAUUCGGGUCCUGGGCCAGAAUGUAAUGAUGGGCCCUAAUUCAGUCAUGCCAGCCUAUGGAAACCAGGCAUCUCAUAACAAAAUGAUGAACCCCAAUUCCCACACCCACCCUGGACAUUCACAACAAACAUCUUCAGUCAAUGGACGUGCCCUGCCCCAUGUGGUAAACACCAUGCCUAAUACAUCUGCCAUGAACCGCUUGACUCCCAUGAAGACACCUUUACAAGUGCCUCUGCCCCACCCCAUGCAGAUGAAUACCCUGGGCAGCUACUCUUCUGUGAGCAGUUGCAAUGGCUAUGGUAGGAUGGGUGUCCUCCACCAGGAGAAACUCCCAAGUGACUUGGAUGGAGUGCUUAUUGAGCACUUGGACUGUGACAUGGAAUCUAUCAUUCGGAAUGACCUCAUGGAUGGAGAUACCUUGGAUUUUAACUUUGAUAAUGUGUUGCCCAACCAAAGCUUCCCACACAGUGUCAAGACUACGACACACAGCUGGGUGUCAGGCUAAGAGUUAGUGAGCAGGCUACAUUUAAAAGAACUGCAGAAUGUCUGACAGCAGGAACUGAGAGAAGCAGUCCAAAGAUGCCCUUCACCCCUCCUUUUAGUUUUCUUGAUUAAAAAAAAAAAUCCCUAUUUUCCUUUCAUCAGACUUGGCAACAGAAACACUUUCCUGUACAGGAUGUUUGCCCAGCGUUUGCAGGUUAUGUGCUCCUGUAGAUAAGGACUGUGCCAUUGGGAAUCGUUACAAUGAAGUGCCAAACUCACUACACCAUAUAAUUGCAGAAAAGACUUUCAGAUACUGGCGUGCUUUCAAGUUUUGUAUAUAUGCAGUAGACACAGAAUUGUAUUUGUGUGCGUGUUUUUUAAUAUCUACUUGGUCCAAGGAAAGUUUAUACUCUUUUGUAAUACUGUGAUGGUCUUGUGUCUUGAUAAACUUUGCUUUGUACUACCUGUGUUCCGCUAAGGUGAUGAAUCACGAACUAAGAUCUCCAUUCUGCACCUCUGCUGAGUGACUUUGAACCUGUUCAUCUUCCACAGGAUUCGUAUGAGAACCAAGUAGCCUGUGAUCAAUCUGCUGAAUAAAUAAAUGGACUUGUCAAACUUUGGGGCAGAAUAAGAUUAAGUGCCAGCUUUGUACAGGUCUUUUCUAUUUUUGUUGUUUAUUUGUUAUUUGCAAAUUUGUACAAACACCUUAAAAUGGUUCUAAUUUCAGGAUAAAUGACUUUUGAUGUUAUUGUUAGGACAUGAUCAUUUUUGGAAUAGAUAUUGAACUGUAAUGUUUUCUUAAAACUAGAGUCUACUUUGUUACAUUGUCUGCUUGUAAAUUUGUGGAAUCAGGUAUUUGGGGGCAGCAUUCAUAAUUUUCAUUUUGUAUUUCUAACUGGAUUAGUACUAAUUUUAUACGUGCUUAACUGGUUUGUACACUUUGGGAUGCUACCUGCUGAUGUUUCUGACUAAUCUUAAAUCAUUGUAAUUAGUACUUGCAUACGCAACAUUUCUGGCCCUGUUUGGGCAGGAAAGUGAUGUAUAUUUACAGAAACUUUGUGUUUUGUAUGUAGAAGAUUUUAAUAUGUUUUUAUGUGUGUAUUUUAAAGAAAUUCCACCUGCUUUUAUUACCCUGUGAAUUGUGUGCAUCGCAUAGCAUCAAGUCCUGAGAUGGAUGCCCCAUGUCACGUUCUUAUAGCUCCUUCGGGAGGUCUCCUGUCUGUAGGUCAGGAAAGGAGACCUUCAUCUGGAAUGACGUUCCCUUGUCUAACUGGGGUUUCCUCCUCCUCUGAACUCUUCAUUUUUUGGUCCAGGUUGGAGGUGGUUUUAUGGUUGUGUCCUGAGGAAUCAUGUCACUUCUCAGUUUCCAUCCCUCUUUGGCUCUGAACAGUGUACAUCUAAGAAGGAAGUUUGAAAACGGGACUUCAGUGCUUUGUACUCUUAACUACAGGUAGUGGCUACCACAUGGAAUAGAACUAGUUAAAAACUUGAGACAAUAAACUUGAAAACAAACCAGCUAUAAGUGUACAUUUAUUUUGAAAUCCUUAGCUUAAGAAUUUGAGUUAUUUUCAGCCUUGAGCAGCCUAAUUUCUAUCUCAAACAUUAAAUGUAAUACUUUCUAGUUACCUGUAGCUGACAGACCAGGAUAAUCAGGUUUGCCUCCUAUCCUAUCUGUCAACAUUAUUACCAAGUCCUGUUGAAUGCCCAAAGCCGCCACAAUGUGAGGAAUAUGAGUACAGCAGCAUCUCUUUGCCUUCUUGAGAAGGCCUGGUUUCUCUGUACACAAACCAAAUCAAAUUUGCUGUUUUUAGUAUGUUACCUCUCCUUAGUUUUUGCUUUUGCUUAGUAUAUUCUCUGUGCACGUUAACAAGAAUACAAAUGUUCCUGAUUUUCACAGUUGACCAGCUAUGUCAUAAGCUUCCCACUGUGACUUUUUUUUUUUUUUUUUUUUUUUUUUGGCAACCAAUCAUUGUCGUUGUUUGGGCACUCCAAAACAGGGUUCAUUUUAGAAACUUUAGUUCCUCCAAGCAGAGCCUCCUACAAAUGGACUAGAACUUACUGAUGUCAAAGAACUUGGGUCUCACUUUCCUCUUUCUUGCACCAUUUCUUCACCAUUGCAGAAAGGGCCUCUGCAUUUAAUCAUUCGACACAGAGGCAGCUACAGCUGUAAUCAGUGGUAGACUUGAAGAAUGUCACUGAGUGACUUGGGUGUUUCUUCCUCCUGAAGCUAUGUAAAUCUCAUCCCCCAGUUUCCUUAGAUCAUAACAUGAGUCAUGGGUAGUUGUCUUGGGUACAGUGAAGUCCAGGAAGGGCUUCUUGUCUCUUUGAAAAGCAAACUUCAUGUGGCCUCUGGGAGUCCUUCUCUGUAAGAAUGUUCCAUUUCUAGAGCAGCUGGUCUAUUAUUGUACAUGAUUGCUUUGUGAAAUGAUUUCACUUAUGCAGCCUUGGUUGAUUUAUUCCCUUUGGUUUGUACUGUUACUCAAAGCAUAUUGUAUUAUAAAGCUACUUGGAUAUUUUAAAUAUAAAGAUGUAUUGUUUCCAUAAUAUAGAUGUAUGGGAUAUAUUUAGGUGAUAGAUACAUGACAUGGAAAAUUCUGUUUGGACAUGAGUCUAAGUUAAUUAGCAAAUAUUAUAUCCUGAUGAACAGUAAAUCCUGGACUAUAACAAUAAGGGAUAGACACUGAAAAUGGAACAGUUCCCCAAAGGUGUACAAUUUGAACUUAUUCAACUGCUGAAUAUAUGACUCCUCCUCCCCCCCCCAAAAAAAAAACCCUACAAGUUCUUAGUUACAGCUCUUAUAAGUUAACUGAUUUUAAGAGAAAUUUUUCUCUGUGGUUUCAAGUGGGGAAUGAUCAUGCAGUAUACUGUGCAUUGUGGUUUAUGCAAACAAAAUGCCUGGCACUGUGGCCAGUGAUAGCCUUGUAAGUCCCAUCAGGAUAGAGUCACACCCUCCCACACACUUUACCACCUGAAUUGAGUAACAGUGCAGACUCCAUGUUCCUGUUCUGAUACUAGCUGAGAAGUGCCUGAUGAUGAUGUUGAUGUACUUACAGAUACAAGAACAAUCUUUACUAUAAUUGUAUAAAGCCAUAAAUGUACAUAAAUUAUCUUUAAGUGG